CGCAGCCAUGCCUCCACGGCUAAGAGCUGUCCGAUUCGUCUCGUCACUCGUCUACUCCCCCGCCCGGUCAUGCGCGACGCCGCUCCCCGCCGCCUUUGUGCUCCCCGCCCAGCAAAGAUGCGCAUCCAUUCUGUCGUCGCUAUCCGACAACGCCGGCGCCUACAAUAAGAAGAUUCGUCGUGGACGAGGUCCCGCCUCAGGAAAGGGAAAGACGGCUGGUCGCGGACAAAAGGGACAGCAUGCGCACGGAAAAGUGCCGACUGGCUUCGAGGGAGGUCAGACACCACAAUGGAUCACAAAUCCAGAGCGAGGGAGAGGCAAGCGCAAUCCCUUCAAGGUGGAAAUGUCACCCAUCAAUCUGGACCGGAUACAAAGCUGGAUUGACCAGGGAAGGCUGGACCCCAAGAAACCCAUUACUAUGAAGGAAUUGGCCAAGUCGAGAUGCUUGCACGGAGUCAAGAGACAUGGGGUGAAGCUGUUGGCAAGGAAUGCGGAGCAGCUUACCACGCCCAUACACAUUGUUGUCUCCAGAGCAUCGGCCGAGGCCAUUGCGCGCAUCGAAGCCCUCGGCGGCAGCGUAACCACACGUUUCUACUCCCCCACAACCAUCAAGCGCGUACUACGCGGCGAAUCGCACCCGAUCAUCUCGCUACAGUCCUCGCCAGAACUCGUCUCCCUCGCCAGCCGCUUGCCGACGGUCAAAAUACCCUCUCCGAUCCUCUCGGCACUGCAGACUGCGGCCGAAGAAAAGAAGAGCGAGGCCAUGGCUACCGUCAUGAAGCAAGUCGGUACAAAAUACAAGUACAGGCUGCCUGAUGCGACCGCAAGAAAGGACAUUGAAUACUACCGCGACCCGGCACACCGGGGUUACCUAAGCUACAUGGUCAAGCAAGGCGAGAGCCCAAGUUUGUUCUUCAAGCCGCCUGGCGAGGCAAAGGACAAGAAGAAGCAGAGUGCCAAACGGGAUGCCGCCAAGGCCAGUGCCGACAACAGGUUAUUCUAAUUCUAGCCAAGCAAUUGUACCAUUUGUAUCAUAUAAUGUGCAUGUGCAUGCAUCUGGGGGUGGCGGUCUUGUCGCCAUGGGGAUGACGGUCAAAUGCAUCAUUACGAGCAUAACCAGCCCAAACCCUUGUCUUUCAUGAAUCUCUCCCUCUCGACCCGCCUGCACAAUUACCUCGCAACUUAGCAGUAUCCCGACCCCGAUAUCUGGGUUCCCUGUUCCUGUUUCCCCCCUUCUUCCCGCAGUAGCGCCACGCUGCAGCAGAUAGAUUACCUGCCCAUGACUAAGUGUACCGCAGUCCAAACAUCUGAAAUACGUCGUGUGCAUGUGCUCCACUAAUCCCCCCCCCCGACAGCCGCCCCAACAAUCUCCUUCUCUCUAAUCACCGAAGACCGAAACGGGCCUUGGUAACUUGUUCCAAUCUGGAAA